AUGGAUAUCAAUCAAGCGAAUCCAGAAAAGCCAGAGCAAGUAUUCAUCAGGGCAGAACAUGAUCAGGGUCCUGUGAAAUCCUUCACCUGUGCCUUCUGCAAGCGGGGGUUUUCAAAUGCCCAGGCACUUGGAGGUCACAUGAACAUUCACAGGAGAGACAGGGCCAAGCUGAGGGAGUCCAUGGAGGAAAGCACGCUAUCGCUUGCAGUUGUCCCGAGCAAGAACCCUGCCGCCGCUGAAAAUCACGAAGAUGAGAGAAGCAGUAACAAAACCCCCCUGAAAGGGCCACGUACCGUGUGUCCAGAAGAUAAGGCAUGUGCUCAAGGGAGAGACGACGGUGUUGAAGAAGAGAGGAUGCAAUUGAGUCCGAGUUCGGACCGGACAGAAUUGGACCUUGAACUUCGGCUAGGUCACGACCGCCCUCUUGAGAGCUCCUCAGCAAGUGCUAAAAAACUGUCUUGA